AUGUUUGAAGAACUUCUAGAAGCUUGCAAACGGCUAGAGGAAAUCAAAACGCCAUCAUGGGAGAUAAGUGAAGACAUUCUCAAAUUAAUUCCCGAUAAAACGAUAGUCCAGGCAUUAAAUGAGUUUUUAUCAAAUGUGAUAGAUAAAUCGGAUCACGUCCCCAUGCUUUUGGUCGCAUACGCCACCCUCAUAAAGAUCGGCAAGAACUCAAAAAAACAAGAUGGCAAAGAUGGCAACGAUGAAGAUGAUUUGAAUGAUAUGCUUCAUGGCAUUGCCGAUCAUCUCAGCUCCAUCAUCCUACCUAUCUGUUCUGGCGCCUCACUGGACGAAGACACAACCGACUACACACAACUCCGGCGCAAGGGCGAAGUUGGCCUCCUAGCCAUAGAACAACUCAUCAACACACCCCUCAAAGCACCACUUCAACUCCGACCCUCGGUAUUACUCCGCUUGACCGCAUUCACAGAUGUCGCGGACCCCUGGGCGACAGCGGAAUCAUCCGCCCUAGCCCGCAAACUUCUAGAGGCUCAACUACAGAUCCUAGACGAGUCUCAGACAAAGUCCCUAAUUGUUGAGGAGAUCCUCACCACUUUCCUACGGCCGCUAUUCUCCAAGUCUCGGUCCACAGCCGUGACGGCAUCCGGGCGGAAGGCCGAGUUCGUCGAACAGUCGCGCUACGAUACCGUAGACCGGGAGACUCCCGAGACGAAGCCGUGGAAGUAUACCCAUCGGUAUGCCAUCACUGUCUUCUCUUGGGCGGUGGAGCAUUCAGAUUCCACCCUCCUCCAAACACACUGGCCAUCCUUCACCCCCGCGCUCCUAACUCUCCUAGACGAGCCCUCACACGCCGGCCUCAAAGUGCGCGGCCUCCAGAUAUUCCGCUCAUUCUGGUCGCGCUGUCCGCCUAACCUGAUGCACACCACAGGUCUCGCCUCAGUCUUCGAAGAUGCCGUGUUUCCAGCAGUCCUACUCCUCCCUACCCUCACCCCGGAAGACGAAUCUAUAGAGAUCCUAAACGCGGCAUACCCCGCUCUAAUCGAGAUGUCCGGGCUCAAGUAUCCCAACCCCGGCUCCGACCCCGGUCCAGGAUUAAGCACAAAUGGGAAACAGCAAAUCACGGAAACACAACGGAGACUACUAGACAAGAUAAUCAGAGAGGGCGUAAUGGUAGGAUACCAUCACGCGAAAGAGCACGUGCGACUCGUCGGCUUGUUCUGCGACGUACUCGUGUGUAUUAUAAACGGGAUGGGUAUACUAGCCGUGAAACACCUCAAGGACUUCAUCCCCAUGGUCUCUGAGAUCAUGACCGAUCCCUUCGGAACCAAGCACCCACCGACUCUCGCCUCAGCCACCCAACUCCUCCAGACCAUCUUGCGUAAUUGCUGGCCGCGGAUCCCGCACUACUGCAAUGAGGUCGUUAAGAUUCUUAUGCUCUGCUGGCUGAACAUCGAGGACGAGGACUCAUUUUCAUCCACUAGCCCGAUUGCAAACGACCUAAAAGUCGAAUUGACCAAGACCGCAGACAUCCUAUCGGCAGUAAUGAAAGCAUCCAAAGUAGACUUUCACGAACGAGUGGGUGUGCUUAUCGAGAAAGAGCCACAGCUAAGCAAGCUUUUCAGGGAUAUAAACCCAGAGUAG